AUGGCAACAGGAAGAAAAGGCUCCACCUCUAAAGCAGGUGGGGUGCGUUUCCCUGACGAUGACGAGCCCCCCGGUUCUCCAACACGCAGAGAUGACCAGUCAAACCUCUCGACUCUCAUCGCCAUACUAGAGAAGGAUGGCAGCUAUUUAGUCAAGGCUGGUUUCUUGAAGAGCCACCACUGUUAUGAGAUUAUCUUCACCGUCCCAGAAUUCCACACAAUGGGCAAAGAACUUCUCUGUCUUCCCAUGUCCUCUCCGAGUCGGAGGUCCUCCAGCCUUCGGGUCCAUCAUAUUAACUCCACACUGGAGGGGGGAGUAAAGGUGACGUGUGAGUACAGGACUCACCAGGAGGGGGUGCUGCAGGAGGAGAUCACUAUGGUAACCAGAGGGAAGAAAGAAAAAAGUCUGAAGGUUAGACUUCAGGCCAGGAUCAUUGACCCCCACCAUGGAACUCCCAUGCUGCUGGAGGGGGUGAGGUGCCUGGGUGCUCAAAGAGAUGCCCACACAAGGCACAACAGUGACCGUAAGAGGUUGUGA